AUGAACAUAGGUCAGAGAAAAGUAUUUGAUGUCAUCAUACAGGCAGUCAAUGAUAAUGCCGGAGGAUUCUUCUUUGUUUAUGGCUACAGUGGUACCGGUAAAACGUAUCUAUAUAGGACUCUAUCAGUUGCAAUUCGAAGCAAAAGGGGCAUUUUGACAGAGGACUCAGUAUGUUGCAUUAAGCAAGGUUCAUCUUUGGCCAAGUUGAUAUGCAAAGCUAGACUUAUUAUAUGGGAUGAGGCACCAAUGCUCAACAAACUUUGCUAUGAAGCACUUGACAAGUGCUUUCGUGACAUCCUGAGCUCAGAACCAUAUUAUAAUGCAGAAUUACCUUUUGGAGGUAAGGUCGUGGUACUAGGAGGUGACUUUAGACAAAUUCUUCCAGUCAUUCCAAUGGGCUCCCGUCAGGAUAUUGUUCAUUCAGCUAUUAAUGCUUCGUAUCUAUGGCAACACUGUACUGUUCUAACCCUGACAGUGAACAUGCGUUUAACUAUUGGACCAACAGAUAAAGCUGUGGAUGAUGUUAUUGAGUUCUCAAAAUGGCUCUUGGAUAUUGGGGAUGGCUUGGUUGGGAAUUCUAUAGAUGGGAAGUCAGAGGUGCAUAUUCAUCCUGACAUACUGAUACAUGAUUCAAUUCGUCCCUUUGAUGAUAUGGUUGAGUUUGUAUACCCUAACCUCUUGGCUAAUUUACUCAGCCAUCGUACUUUAAACAUCGAUCCAUCCUUGGUCCUACAUUAG